UUUCUCUGCAGCUGUCCUUAGAAGCUGUCACAGGGCUCCUCUCUGGAAGAAGAAAGCCACCCAUCCGCACCGCUGUCCCUUCCAUCCCCCAUUCGCUCUGCACAAACCGCUCCUCCUUCCUAGUCUUUCCAUUGUGCUCUGCGGUCUGCAUAAGACCUUCACCUCCUUUGUAGUGAGUGGGAAGACUUCCUUGAGGCUAUCCGAACCUCGGCUGCUAUGGAGCUCUAUGGAAAGAUGGCCUCUGCACAAGAUGCCAGGUUUGGCCAGAAGGACUCCUCUUCUGACCAGAACUUCGACUACAUGUUCAAGUUGCUAAUCAUUGGCAAUAGCAGCGUGGGAAAAACAUCUUUCCUGUUCCGCUAUGCGGAUGACUCCUUUACAUCUGCAUUCGUCAGCACAGUUGGCAUCGAUUUCAAAGUAAAAACUGUAUUCAAAAAUGAAAAGAGAAUCAAGCUUCAGAUUUGGGACACAGCAGGCCAGGAGAGAUACAGGACCAUCACUACAGCCUAUUAUCGAGGGGCCAUGGGCUUCAUUUUAAUGUAUGACAUCACAAAUGAAGAAUCCUUCAAUGCUGUACAAGAUUGGUCAACUCAGAUCAAAACAUACUCAUGGGAUAAUGCCCAGGUUAUCCUGGUUGGAAAUAAAUGUGACAUGGAAGACGAACGGAUCAUUUCAACCGAGAGAGGCCAGCAUUUAGGAGAACAGCUUGGGUUUGAGUUCUUCGAAACCAGCGCCAAGGAUAAUAUCAACGUGAAGCAAACCUUUGAGCGCCUUGUGGAUAUCAUCUGUGACAAAAUGUCAGAGAGCAUGGAGACCGACCCAGCCAUCACCGCGGCAAAGCAGAGCACGAGACUCAAGGAAACUCCUCCCCCACCGCAGCCCAACUGUGGCUGCUAAUGUCUCCCACACGGGAGCUCCACAUGACUCCAGAGCGGCCAAGAAAUAGCGUUUAUAAAUGGUCUUGUAGCCUUCACUUAUACUGCCUAAUAAUUAUUUGAAGGAAGUCUUUGAUGUCAGUGGCCCAUAUAUGCAUUCAAACCUUGAGCAAUUUCCUGUGUUAUUAUGUGGCAAGCACGAUCUUACAUUUGUAAGGAUCGUUCAUCUAUAAACACCCAGUACUUGCAUGUAACUUAUUUAUUUGUCUUUCAGAAUUUCUGUUUUUGCAAUUUUUUUUCUCAAUUAAGCAAUUGCUGAAACCUCAGACUACAAUUUCAUUGCAAAUGACUUUUGUGCCAUGGAUUCAAAUCACGCUUCUCACUUGUAUGGGUGAUGACCUAGGGACCGUGUGUGUGUGUGUGUGUGUGUGUGUGUGUGUGUGUGUGUGUGUGUGUGUGUGUGCUGUGAGCAGCAGGAGAUGUCAGGAAACUUAGUUUGGCUGAAAAGGAAGUGGGACUUUUGCUCUUGAUUGGAGACCCUAUCAGAGGUCUGGACAGUCUACUAUUAGGAAAUGUAUAUUGCACUUUCACUAAUAAUAAUUGAAGGGUGCAUUGACUCUUAAAAAAUUGAAAGGAUGGGUGCAGUGACACUUGGGAGCCUGAGGAAGAAGGACAAGUUAAAGUGGGCCUGAGCUACAAACCACAAAACUCUUAUCAUGGAAAAAAAAGUAGAAAAAAGAAUGAAAUUGAAAUGUUUUUAAGGCCCUUGCGAAUUUUCCAAGUCAGUAAUAUUAACGUGACUAGAUCCAGACAAAGAGCAAUUGAGGUCUGUGUACCAUGCUGCAGGACUCAGCUUCCCACUGAUUCUGCCCAUGCCUGCCUAUGUGAGAGCAAUGACCCAUGAGGGGGUUUCUACUUAAUGCCAGUUAUGCAAGAAGUGCAGCGACCAGGAGCGCUAUGAGGAGCCAUAGAAAUCCAUGGCCUGGGUAGCCUGCAUCACUUAAUGACCCAUGCCACCCCACAACACAGCACCAUGGCUCCCUGGGGCCAGUACCAAUUCUGAAAGAGAGACUGGCUUGAUGCUCUGCCAGUACCCCUCUUCUCAGGAAAGGUAAGCCACCUUCCCAACCACUGAUCUCUGCUCUAACUUCAGUCAAGCUUUUCCAUCUAUGUAGAAAGCAACUGGGUAACCUUUCCAUGAGUCCCACACUGAGGAAAUGAUCAUUUUUAUUGCCAUGUUUUUUAGAGGAUUUAGAAUUCUAAAGCAUGCUCUCAUCAUAUAAACCUCUAAACAUGCUCAAGUUACAUGAAAGAUUCCAGAGCUGAGUGGGACAGAAAAUUGAAGCUCCAUGGCAGCUGGAGAGAGGGAGGGGACACUUGAACAUCUAGUCUUUUCUUCUAGGUUUCCUAAGACCAUAUAGAAGUGAUAUACCACCAACAAAUCUCUCCCUGUGUCCCUAGCUCAGAGCAAAUCUUUACCUUUCAGAAGUAUCUACAGUUAGGAUCUUCUGAAGAUAUUUAAUGCAAGCUUGCCGAGCAAGGCUAUUGACAAGCUAGUAUGUGCAUGGUUUCUUUUAGUCUGUUUAGUUUCAAACUUAGAAAUUAGUGGUAAGUUUCCACUUUGACACCCAGAGGAGUACUAAUGCCUUCCUACAUUUUAAUGAUACCUAGAUUUAAAAAAACAUAGAAAUUACUGUGAAGGGAAAGAGAGAAGCCAGGGGCAUAAAGUAGAAUUUCUUUGCCAUAGUCACGUAUUGACAUGGCAUUGUCCUUUUCUAUGACCUGAGCCAGAAUGUGGCCAUGUUGAAUACUGCAGCUGUCAAACUCAUUUUUACUAUCAAACAGUGAAGCCAGGAAGUCUGGGCCUCCUUUCUUGCAUGUAUACAAAGAGUGUAAAAGGCCUCAUUUGGGUACUUUAAAUGGCUUCUUAAGACGGGUAUUGUGUGUGUUAUAAUUUGAGAACAGGUAAGAGAGAAAGGGAAACUAUCACAUUUGCUCAUUUGAAAAUUCCCAGAAGAACUCCUUAAGAUUGACUGACCUAAGCCAAGUGUCCACUCAUACUCUCUGUCAGGAACUCUAAAGUUAGAUCAUUAUGUUCUAGCUAGUCAAUGGACAAAGGGCCAGCAGUAACCCUAGUGUCCUUGCCUCCAGAAUAUGCCGUGUCUCCUAUUUCCCAAACUCCCAUGGAAACAGUCUUCCCGAUUGAUUUUAAGUUAUGAAAUUCUCACCCUGCUAUGUAUUUCAUUCCAAAUAAUUCAGUAAAUAUUUCAAGAGAGACUUGUCACUAAGAUAAAAGAGAAGGCUGCCUGUGUUCUUGCUGUGAUGCCAGAAGAAAGAACCACUGUUCCUAAUGCCAUCAAUAUGUCUUGGCUGUAAAAUUAAAUUUGGCAAAUGUUAACCAGAUAAUUGAUCAUCUAUUAGCCUUGAGCUGUAUAGCUUAUAAUUCUAACACUAUAAUCCUGAGGUUUUUUUCAACCUUUGGCUACAAUGUACAUAUGUACAAAUACACACUACAUCUCCUGCUGUCAGCCUAAAUAUGAAUAGGCCCUUCUGACUAAUGACCUGGUUCAGUUUGUACCUUAAAUAAUAUUUAAAAGCAAAUGUUAUCUGUUUAAAAACAAAUAGAUGUUAAAAACACGACGUUGAAAAAUGUGUUUGUAGGUUUUAGACAUCAUUUCUUAUUGUCUCUGAUGCAGUUAGGUUAGUAUUUUAAGUGUGUCCUUCCAUUCUGCUGUGGUCACCUUGGCAUCCUUGCCCAUGUAACUACUUUUAGAACUGAACCUCCCUGCUUCAUGAAAACACACUAAAGAGCUCUGAUAUAGGUUCAUCCCUUUCCUUUCUUAAUGUACCUUAAGAUGCCACUUCUGUGAAUGGAUGUGGGAGGUUCAUGAGAUGUCCCCAGUCCGAAGAAGGCAAGCUAAUCAUUUCCAUGGGCUCAAAGGAAGGACUGCUUUAGAACAAUGACCCUGUUACCUGUUGUUUCCCCCGCCUAACAGCAUCAACUGCCAUUAUGAGCUUCUAAGACUAUAAAAGGGCAACAGGUUUUUGAAGUUCCUUCUUGGAACCACUUAACAUUUAGUAUUGCUCGCUGCCAGACAAAUGAAGUUUUACUGAUAAAUGUGAAAUAUAAAUCCUACAAAAUUGCAACUGAAGUUAUGCAAGACGUCAGUGUGCUCAAUUAGAAAUGCAUUUUUUCACUUACUUCACGGUUAUCCAGAUUCAUUCAGCACAUUUAUCAUUUUUCCAGGUGCCAACUUAAGCUUCAAAUUUCAAUUAUGUCUGUGACAACAAUACUUUUAAAGUAGAAUACACUCCACUAUUAGUGGAACUUCCAUUAAGCAGCAUUAACUUCAGUGUUGAUCUUCAUAGUGGUUCAUUGACUUGCUUUAUCUUAGUGGCUGGCUAAGUUUAUCCUUGGUUUACUAGUUACUUGUAUGGCAUUUUGGGGACUGCAUGGAAAUGUAUCUAAACUCUAUCAAAUUUCACCAUGCCGAGAUGUCAGCUGCGUGUGAAAAAUGGUUACAUGAAUGAUCUUAAAAAACAUGACUGAAACUAUGUCAGACCAAAAAGCUAAUGUUUGUUGCUAAUCUACAUCGUAAUGUUGGGAUGUUCAAUCAGAUAUUUUUUGAUGUGCUUGCAAGAUGGCCCAUCUGUCUGGGCAACUGUCUUUGUCUAAAUUUUAGUCUUCAUGACAGACCCUGGGAACUUUGUUUGUGUGCACCCUCAGUGUGGUACGUCAGGGUGCUCGUGAGUACUACACCCAGAAGGCCUCUCUACUCUCUCUCAAUGGCUCAGUGUCCACAGCCCUGCACUUUAGUUGCCUGUCAGUGUAAUGGAGAAAACUCCUUGGUAUGCUAAACAUUUGAAUAUUCAAACCAGUUUUUUGGAGUUACUUAUAUUUUAUGUGAUUUUUUUUCUAGAAACCAGUUAAGACAUAAACCUAAUUUUACACCUUCAAGUUUAAUUAGGACAAAUUAGGUAAAAGAUAAAUUUGGAUAUAUUUUAUGAACAGACAGGGAAAAAGUCUUUGCCUCUAUACUUCACCUAAAGUGCUCUAGAUUCUAGACAUAUAGUAUCCCCUAAGGGGGCAGGGGAUAAGUUGUGAGGAUUUAUAUAAAAUUUCCCUAUAGUAUUUCAUAAACAAAUGUAUUUUUAAACCAUUCUAGAAAUGCUUGGCACUCCCAUAAAGCAUCUUCCUACAUAACAGCUUAUUGACAUGUUUACUGUUGGGACACACACACAUGCCACUGCCACUUUCAUCACACACUUGCAAACACUGACACGUUUAUUGGUGAAGAGAAAAUCCCCAUUGGUGGCACUCUGUGCAGGGGAAAGGGGGCAUUUUGCUAUGCACCAUCUGUCACUCACAUCUUACUUUGAAGUUCCAUGAAAUGGAUUUUUCAUGUGGAUGUGCUCAGUCUGUGACCAUGACUUCUAACACAGGCAGGGUGGAGAGAAAGUGCAUUUUGCAAACAAUGGAGGUAACAGAAAUAAAUCACCUAAAAUGGCACCUGGAGUGAAGGAUUAAGAUUAGAUCGUGUAGCUAAGGGCAUAUUAAGACUUUAUCAUUGCAUGCUCCUUUUAUACAUUCAGAUUAAGAAAAUAGGCUAUUUUCAAAGCCCUAUCUUUACAGAAUGACACCAAGUCUUGCCAUUAACUUCCCCUAGGUAAUUGUUAUUGGUAGACUUUCCAUCCAUUAUCGCUUGCUGAAAUAAUCCUGUGGACUACUUGUGUAUUUCAUCCACAUGUUCCUUUUUCUUUCAUUGUGUACAACUGAGAGUUGCUGUUGCUUUUUUAUGUAGUGGAACUAUCACUGUAUUACUACCAUUUGUGGCUAAGAAUUGCUUAGAUUCAUGAAUGCUGUUCUCGUAGACACAGAUAGUACAUGAGCUGAGUGUCUGCCUGGCCUGUCAAGGAUGUGAGCAUGACCUGUCUUAGUAGUGAAUCCAUAAUACUUGUCAAAGUGAAGCUUGAGCAUUGUCUGAUGUGUCAAUAUGAUGAUUUUCCACACGUUGUUUCAUCAUGCCUAGAAAGUGUGAUAAAUGGGAACUGUCCUGUAAUCCCUGUUAAUAUAUUGUUAAUGUCAGAUGUGACGUGGUGCCAUUGGACUGUCCAAAUGCACAACUACUUAAUGGUGUUUGUAGAACUGAAAUGUCGUAAAUGUUGCAUGAAGUAUGUUUUAAAAAUAGAUUUGUUUUCUAUUUUUCAACACCUCAGAAUUGAGGGUUCAUGGGCCAAUAAGUGCAAUAUUUAAUGACUUACUCAGUGUAUAUAAACUAGUGUGAAAGUGAAUUUUGAUGGAUGUGUGAGCCGCUUUGAUAGCAGUGUGCUUAUGCAAAUGAUUUAUUUUAGUAGUAUUUGUCUAGUGGUGCAAUUUAUACAGUAAGCAUUUUACUGGCACCAUGGGACUAUCCUCUGUGCCUACUUAAAAGUACCUUUUUUCCAUUUAUGAACUAAGCAUUUUAGUAUCUGAAAACAUGUGCCAGUUUUACCUUUUAGAAUUGUGGGUUUUAUUUCCAAGAAAGAAUGACUGUGAGUUUGUUUUUAUAAAAGUAUUCAGCUCUAUAGUUCAGAAUUGUCCCUAAACUUCAUACAAGAGUGCAUUCAGCAGCUAAUUUAGAUACCUAAGAACAAUUUGCAUACCAGAAGUCACCUUGUCUCCUCAGAACAGUUUAUCACAUGUUCUGCCUAUGGAGAAGUUCCACUCUUGUAUUGUAUAUAUAUAUUUUUUAUUGUUACUUAAUCUUGCUCUUUGUUUGCAAGCUCAGCAAUGUCAGCCUUGGGGUCUCUUAGCACUAUCGGUGUCUUUUUUUAGUUUGUAGAUAAUGUUAUAUCCACCUUCAACUCUCAGUUGUCCAUAAUGCUGAUAUAAAAGAAAGAAAAAUUGAUCAAAAUCCUUAGCCCAUUUUGAAUGCUAUUACACACAGAGAGACAUAUGUGCAUACAUGCACACACACACACACACACUUAUAUAUACACAUUGAAACUCUAUGCUUAGCAUAACACUUACUGUCCUGGAACUUCAUAGGGGUGUACCAGGUAGUAGUUGGAUUAUCACAGUUAAACAUAUUUAUGUAUAUGAAAUCUAAGCAAGAUCACAACUUUAAUUUCCUAUUUGCUCUAUCAAUUACUGAAGUAAAGCCUAAUUUUAGCAGUCUUCAUUGUCUUUCAUGUAUGUAGUGAGGCAUUAUCCCUUUAGGAAGUAUGAUUUCAUCACUGCAGUCCAUGGAGUGCAGCUGGCUCCAGGUGCCACUGCUAGCCAUACGCAGUAAACGUUCUGUUCUCUCUAUGACAUCUGGACAGAGGCUGCAAUAUGAAGAGUGCCAAUCAUACUAAGUGAUGUAGAGUUGUGUGGGCAAGAUGCGGCCCAAAUGUAACCAUGUUAGGUAGGCAGUUGUACUCAUCUCUCAAAACCCGCUGAAGAAGUGAGGUGAAAGUGGUGAAUCAAAGAUAGAGAUAGCAAAGGCUUAGUGCCAAAUUGAAAGGAAAAUAAAAGUAGAAGCAGGCAGCUGACCACAGAUAAUUCGUGAGUGCGCUUACAUGUUUCAUUUGUUGUCACACGAUCAUUGGUUGCUAUGUGCUCAGCACUGUGGGAAUCCAACAUGGAACAAGUGUGGCAAAAAUAGAUGGUGUAAUCUAAGUGGUAGAUUAUGGCAGCAUAUGUGAGAAAAAAGAAACAGAGACUUGUAAUAACUAGAAGAGUCAAGGGAGGCUCCUGUGUGGGGUCAUGAUCCCAUGAAGAAUUCGGCAGUGAGGUGAUUGUGACAAGUACACCAAUGCAAAAGGCCACAGGGUGUUCCCUGAAAGUGGAAUGGUAACAGAGUUAGCAACUAUAGAUAUUGAAACCCACAAACUGCCCAGUUUAGCUCUCUGCAUUCUGAUCUCCAUAGAGAAGGCAUGCUGCUACAUCAUUGUAUUCCCCUGCACUGAGCAGCCUCAGCUCAGCCACACAUCCCAAUUGUUUUCAAGUCACUUUAGAGCCGUUAAUUUAGACAUUUGCCAAUGAGCCAAACCAUAAACAUUGCCUAAUCCAACCUCCCCUAGGUAGAUAUGUACUCAGAUUUUUCUGUAGCUCUGGUUUUGUUUAAGGGCAUUGAACAAUGCACAAAGAAAGACUCUCCUUUGUGGCCGGGUACUUUGGUCUCCUUCUUGGUGAUGACACUGUGGAACUCUUCUUGAGACAAUAUUUAAUGCUUUCUUAUAGUGAUUGUGAUGUUUAGUUGAAAACUACUGCUGCAUAGCAAGUAUUGUGACUCUUCCUGUGUCCACAGAAGCUCUUGUCUGAGUUUAAAGCUAUAAAGUGUAUUCACAUUGUGAAAUUAUUAUUAUUAUUAUUAUUAUCAUCGAAAUUGUGUAAAAAUGGUAUGUGCUCUGUUAGGUUUCUAGUUUAUGUGUGAAUUCUGUAUGGAAAGUGGUUUGUUCUCUGAGUUUAUCUUGUUUUAUUUUUUGAAGAUUACAAUAAAUAUCUAAGAGACUAUAUUCCUGAAA